UGUUGCAUUUACAUUUUUCAACAUUUUUUUAUUUGGUCUAAAUGUCCAAAUGUCUUGGUCAAACAAUGGCAGCCAUAGAGAUUACCCAGGGAAAAUUGAAGAGUCGGCUUGUAAAAAAAGAAAGUUGGAAAUUGAAGUUAAAGAAAUGAAAGAUAAGGACCCUGAUGAAUGGGAUGAUGAUGACGAGAUGGCCUUGACACAAGCGGACCUAGAGACUUUAGACCAGAUGGCAUCACAAGUCUACAGUCAAUCGCAGGUGGUGAAUCAAGCUUCAGCUUUCAGCACAGCCAAAAACCAAGAAUGCCAGUCCUCAUUUUUGAUUCCUAGCAACCCAAAACAGUCAGUCAAAAUGACCACAUCUUCCUCUAGUUCAGAACUAUCUAUUCAACCUUUAUCAACAUCAUCCAGGUCCAGUUCUAUCUCUAAUGGUUCUCUGUCAUCUAAUUCAAGUAAUGGCAAAUCUGACUCUCCUAAAGACCUGAUACAGAAAUUACAGUUAGAGUUGGAACAGACACGAAAAGCCGCCCAAGAAGAAAAAUACCUGUCUAAAGGAGAGUUGAAUUAUCUGCGCCAAUGUGUCCACAAACAGGAAGCUGAGCUAGAAAAGCUUCGAGCUCAAAGAGAAGAGUUACUGGAGCAGCAAAAGCUGGUCAAGUCAGAAAAAAUACAUAAUUUAGAAAUGCAAGUUGAUAGUUUGACCACACAAAAACAGUUUAAGGAAAGAGAAUUCCAAGAACUUAAUAUGCAAUAUCAAUCAUUACAACAAAAAUUAAGAAAAUUGGAGCUCACACAACAGCAGAAAGUUCAAAUAAAACAAGAAAGUCUUCUAAAGUCACCAAACAAGUGCAGCCCAAGAAAGAUUCAUGUCCAGCCAUCACCUCCAAGCAAACAGCACAAAGAUGAAGCUGCCUUGUCACAGCAACAAGGGUUCCCAACUCGCUUAUCUUUUAUGGAUCAGUCUGCUACAACAAGAGCAUCCAGUUCAACACUUCCUUCUACCAGCAAAGACCAUUUACAAUCAGCAGCGGAGACAAGAAGAACAGCCACCCCAACACAUACUAAUGAUGCCAGAACAUGCACCACUAAAAGAUUUGUGCUGAACGCUCGGACAUUCAAUGGUGGAUAUACCUCAGGUACACAGAUAGUGCACCACCUGUUGGAGGCGUACAGGUCACAUGAUGACCACCAGUGGAACUCUGGGCUGACAGACCUGGUCAAGACCACCUCACACCAAGCCUCAAGAGGAAAUGAUUCGCUCACAUCUCCUCUAAAAGCUGGAAGACAUGGUAAAUCCCUUGUGUCAGGAACAUCCCAGGCACCAGAUUCGUCUCUUCUUGCUUUAGAUGGUUUGUUAUUUCUACUGGAAGACAAGGCACCCUUAGAAUCUCAACCCCUUUUAAAAAACUACUUGCAACAGUUAUCCCAACAUGUCAAUGUGUUAAGCAAUGCACCAACCACGUCCAGCAGCAACAAACCAACAACGGGUACUAACAACAAAGGCAACACCAAUGCAACUGUUACUAAUAGUGUUACAUCUAGUGUCCAAACUCAAAUAACAGAGGCUACUCUACGUAUUCUUCCAUUGCUGUCUGACUAUAUCAAUCACUAUAUAAAACUGGUCCAGAACCCUGCAUUGAGAGCCCAGGGCUCCUCACUGUCUACCAGCUUUAGCUCCAGCACUAGCCUGAAGACCUCACUAAGCUUCUCCGCCAGUUUUGAUUCAGGCUGUGAGAAGUCUGGUGGUAGGAGCAUGCCACAGGACAGAGCCACCGCUGAGACACUGGCCUACUCUGCUGCAGGGAUUCUCAACCUGAUCCUGGAGCUGCAGCCUGCUGCAGGUCGGGCUAUUUUAAGCUCCACUCUGGCACCCUCUCCUUGUCUGAGGAUGGACAGCUCUGACCACACCAGUAGUUGUUCCACAGGAGAUACAGAACAAAAGGCAAAAACUUCAUCAGGGACAGCAGCUGAUGAUGAAAGCAGCUCCAUGUCUGAGAUCAGAGUGAUAGUUGGCCCCAACAGUCACAUCCCUCCUCCCAGUGUCACACUCCACCAAGGCUCCAACACAAACUUGUUAUUUUUACUUCUAAGGCUGGCUAGUCAAGAGGAAAGUCAUGCAAGUCCAGUGGUUGUCAGACAAGUCCUCAAGACUCUGACCCUGCUUGUCCAGUGUAGCACAGAGGAGCACUUACACAAACUGGAGACAUUCAUCAGCUGGAGUGUGCUGGCCACAUGUUUGAAACCCAUCAAUGAUGUGCCAGUUCUGGUGUGGUCACUCAAGCUUGUCCACUCUCUAACUAGAUAUGAGAAACUUUAUCUCAGGCUAUGUACAAGAUCUGAAACCUGCCCUCUGUACUUAAUGCACAAACUGUGUACUGGUGUGAAGGACAGAGAUAUGAUGGAGUUUUAUAAAGAGUAUAUGAGCUGUGUGUUCAGCAUCAUGGUUGACCAGAGAACAGGACUGACCACAUUGUUAACCAACAAAUGUCCCUGCUCUGAUGAGUUUGUUGAAGCAGUUCUGUUGAGCCUGUGUCAGAUGUUGGACUGCUAUAAAGCCUGUGUUGCUAAAGGAGCGUGCAAGCCAAGCCUCCUGAACACACUGGCCCAGAGUGUGACCUUGCUGCAUGUGUUGGACACCCAGCUGCCCCUACAGAGCUGUGCCUUUAAGCUGCAGUACCUGAGGCUGGUGUCUGGGUUAGCUGCUGUCUUAAAGCCCCACCCCCAGGAGUAUGAGUUUCAGUUGUUGACUCUUGAGGAGCUGAAUGACAGUGAAUCAGAUCAGGAUAUGUUGCAGGAGACUGGUGAUACCAUGGAGACAUAGUGAGACUGGUGAUACCAUGGAGACAUAGUGAGACUGGUGAUACCAUGGAGACAUAGUGGGACUGGUGAUACCAUGGAGACAUAGUGAGACUGGUGAUACCAUGGAGACUUGGUGAAACUGGUGAUACCAUGGAGACAUAGUGAGACUGGUGAUACCAUGGAGACAUAGUGAGACUGGUGAUACCAUGGAGACUUGGUGAAACUGGUGAUACCAUGGAGACAUAGUGAGACUGGUGAUACCAUGGAGACAUAGUGAGACUGGUGAUACCAUUGAGACUUGGUGAAACUGGUGAUACCAUGGAGACUUGGUGAAACUGGUGAUACCAUGGAGACAUAGUGGGACUGUGGCUACACUAUCAAGAUAUUCUUGUCACAUGGGGACUUGUGACCAUGUGAAACAUGGUGACACAGUGAGACUGGUGACACAGUGAAACUGGCAACAUAGUGAAGACAUGCUGUGACUUAUGACAUGGUGAGACUGUUGCACCAUGGUGACACAGUGACAUGGUGAAAGUGGCAGCAUCAUGAUGACAUACUAUUACUGGUGUUACUAUGACAGGUGAAAAGAAUGAUACAGUGUGCAACCUGUGUUAUGGAACCAGAUUCCGCAAGCCUUUUUAAAUCUUGUGUAAAAAUAGAAAUUUAAAAAAGAGUUAAGGUUCAUGAUUAGAGUUGUUGAACUAUUAGGUUAAUAAUAACCAGUAAUGUGACGUACCACUAUGGAUGUAACUUAAUAAGCCACAGUGUGUAUUUUAGCAGUGCUCUAACCCAGUGUAGGAACCUGGACAUUGCUAAAAUAUCACCUUCUUCAUCUGCCUUAUUACAUAGUUGAUAAUUAGGUUUGGUACGUAGACAUUACAGGGGUUUAUUAAAGAGAAACUAUGAGUUUAAUUAAUUAGGUUUAUUAAUAUGACCAAGGUGCUACACCCAGAUUACCAAAAUUUAUGUUAUUCCAAGUUUACAGUAUCAUAAAUCAAGUUAUCUAUGUAAAAGUAUGUUUUUACAUACACUUUACCCUUUCAAUUGUAUAGCUAUUUUCUAUUUAUCUUUCUACUUAAAAAUUGUUGAUUAUUUUUUAUUGUAAAAACCUGCCACAAACUGCCAAUGUUGAAACAAAGAUGAAUGAAAUAUAUUGUAUAUCAAAGAUUUGCCCUGUCUUGU